UCAUGCUAAUUAAUAUUUAAUAAAUCAACCUUCGUGGGCUCCUCCAAAGCCUCCUCGUAGCUCAGGCGGAGUGCACGGUGCGUUACGUCAACUGCACUUCCAUUUUGGUGGAACAGAGAAAAUUCAACAUAAAAUCUAACACUCCUCCAGAGACCAGGCAGAGGGAGAGAGAUGAACAAAACGCAUUCAAAGCUGUUGAAGAUCGUUAUCUUUCUCUUCGCCCUCAACUCCCUCUCUCUUUGCCUCUACUUCUCCUCUCACCACCACAAUUCUAACAACAAACAAGAGGAAUACCACUCUACUUUAACGUCAAACGACCGUUCCCAUACGGAAAACAACAGUAACAGUAACAGUAAUAAUGUCAAUCUAAAAGCUUGGCCAAUACUUCCUUCUUACCUUCCAUGGACUCAAAACCCUAACAAAGUCACCGUCCGUUCAUGCGAAGCUUACUUCGGAAACGGCUUUAGCCGCCGCAUCGACGUGCUUUCGAGCGGCGGAUGGUUCAGAUGCUUGUACAGCGAGACAUUAAGGAGCUCGAUAUGCGAGGGAGGGAGUGUACGGAUGGUUCCGGAGAGGAUUAAAAUGUCGAGAGGAGGUGAGAGGAUCGAGGAGGUAAUUGGUAGAAGUGAGGAGGAGGAGUUGCCGGAUUUCGAAAACGGUGCGUUUGAGAUUCUUGGAUCGACUGCGAGAUCUAAAUGGCUUGUUGAUGAAGGUUUCUUAGAUGCGUUUGUUCCUGAUGGGAAUGUAAUGCGACACACCAUGCGUGGGUUGAUCCGAUCGAUUCGGGCUGUGGAUAAUAACAGCAAGGAGUUUCAUUGCGAUCUGUGGAUUGAGGAGCCAACCCUUUUGGUCACCAGAUUUGAGUAUGCAAAUCUUUUUCAUACUAUCACAGAUUGGUACAGUGCAUAUGUUGCUUCGAGAGUCACCGACUUGCCUUAUCGACCUCACUUGAUUUUUGUGGAUGGUCACUCUAGAACACCCUUGGAAGGAACUUGGAAAGCGUUGUUUUCAAGCGUUAGAUAUGCUAAGGACUUUAGUGGCUCAGUUUGUCUUCGGCAUGCUGUUCUUGUCCCUUUGGGAUAUGAGACUGCACUCUUCAAGGGACUGACUGAAAAAAUAAAUUGUCAGGGAGCAUCAGCGCAUGAUCUUUGGCAAAACCCUGAUGACCAAAAAACUGCUCGAUUGUCCGAGUUUGGAGAAAUGAUCAGGGCAGCUUUUGACUUCCCUGUCAGUAGACACAGAGCUGAAAAGCCAUUUUCUGGGCAUAAUGUCCUCUUUGUCAGACGCGAAGAUUAUUUAGCCCAUCCACGCCAUGUUGGUAAAGUUGAAUCAAGGCUUAGCAAUGAACAAGAAGUUUUUGAUUCAUUGCAGACCUGGGUAUCUAAUCAUUUGGAGUGCAAAGUGAAUCUUAUCAAUGGAUUGUUUGCACAUAUGUCUAUGAAGGAGCAAGUCCGAGCCGUUCAAGACGCUUCUGUUAUCAUUGGUGCUCAUGGCGCAGGUCUCACUCACAUAGUAUCUGCAACACCAAAAACAAUAAUUCUGGAGAUUAUUAGUAGCUACUUUAGACGCCCACAUUUUCAAUUGAUUGCUGAGUGGAAAGGGUUAGAGUAUCAUGCCAUCAAUCUUGAUGGAUCAUAUGCGCAUCCAUCAGUUGUCAUAGACAGGUUUAGCAGGAUAAUGAAAAGUCUUGGAUGUUGAAAUUCUUUUGGAUACGUGUGAAAUUGAUCGAUACUCAUGGCAGCAGGGAAUGGGAAAGAAGUGAUGCGAAACUUAUUGAUCUUCAGGAGCCUGCUUUUUAAUGCCACAUCCUCUCUUGCUGAUAUUAAUUUUUGCUUUCAUCUCUUUCUCCACAACAUUGUAAUUUGUGGCUGAUUGAAGAUACCAUGCCAAGAUUGUACUGUAUGAGUUUCUUGCGGUCUGCAGUCAUCUCAGGAGCACCUUGUACGGGACAGACAACGUAGAUGCUAGUCUAUUUCCAGCCCCCAAAGUUUGAUGGAUGGCCAUUGUUCAACUUUUUAGUCCGUACGAGGUGGAUGUCUUAUGUUCUUUGGAUAUGGUACGUCAUCCUGACACUGGUGAUAAUUAUUCUUGUUAAUGAUAUUUUGUAUGAGGAAAUGGACUUGCAACCCAGGCCUCGUUUAUUUUAGGAGAUUAGCUCAUGAUUGCUCACACGUACGACACCACUACAUGUUGGUCUUUAUAAAUGAACUACUAGUGUAUGAUACCACCAGUUUCUGUUCCCUCUCUCCUCCUAUUUAAGGAUAACCACAUAAUUAAUUUGUGUAUUUUUUUCGUA